AUGCUGCUGAUGAUUGAAGCUCUUCUUCUCAUUUCAGCUACUCUACAGGAUCACAGAGCUGCUGCCGCUGAUGGACAGAUAUUUCCAUUGGAUAUGGCUCUAGAUUCUGUUGAUGACCUUUAUGUCGGUUGCAAAAAGAUCAUGGCUUGUCUGGUGGAGAGUGUAUUGCUAGAGAAUGAACUCUAUAACUCACCUGAAUUCAGAACGGUUUGGCAGGUUGCUGUAGAUAAUUAUGAGCCUCCAGAAGAUGAAUUGAAAGUGAUCCAUUCAGUUGCCAUUUAUGUGUACACUAACUCACGUUAUAAUCUAUAUCAGGAUUUUAAUCAUGCUGUCCGUAGUGAUAAACAAAAAUACAAAGACAAGUCAUAUACAUGGUAUUCACUUCAGUUUUUGCUAACAGAAGCAAUACAGAUUCUGAAGGAAACACAAAAUGGAUGCAAGUCAACUUAUCGUGGAACAAACAUUGAAUUCAAUAAGAAUGUUCUGAACAAACAGGUUCGUUUUGGCUCAUUUACAUCCUCCUCUCUUAGUAGUACAGUAGCAGGACAUUUUGAAACUAAGUCUUGUUUUGAAAUCACAACUUGUGAAGGUGCUGAUCUGACAAAAUAUUCUACUUUUCCUAAUGAGACAGAGGUGCUGAUUCCUCCAUAUGAGGUGUUUAAAGUUAAAGAAAUCAAGACAAGAAGUGUUCAGAAAGAUCUCUGGUGUGAAACUGUAUUUGUGUUGGAAAGUAUUGGAGUAAGAAGUGACCUGAACUGUGAUUUGUUCAAGAGACCAACCAAGUCUAUAACAAAUAGAUCAAGAUUUAGGAA